ACUAGCAGAGGCGAACGAUAGGUCAGUAAGUGUGUGCGGAUGACAACUAAGAGCAAGCAGAGCAAUUCUCAACAAAAAGAAAGAUGGCGACGAGUGUCAAAACAGAAAGGGCUUGUUGGGAAGGAAGCAGGAGCAGAGCUGCUCGUGGGCGAACGGGAAGCUGCGAUUACCCCAUACAAAAAUGACAUCAACCAGGGUACACCUGGAAGGGAAGCGAGGGAAAUGGAGCGGGAGGCAAGAGGACCAACCGGGUUUGGGGAAGGCAGGGAAGAGUGACGGAUUGGAAGGCCAACCACGGCAAUUGAUCUUACCUGUUAAACGAUCGUCCAACUCGGAAGGGAUUUUGCAACCUGAUGUGAUUUUCGCACUUCUCCUUUUGCACGGGGGGGUGUGGGGAGGAGGGAUGUGGGCGGGAAAUUCCCGAUUAUACGGCGAACGUAGCGGUGACCGACAAAUGUCUCACAGAAAUGGGGAAUCAGGGAGGCCCAGAUCCAAAGAAGCAAAGCAAUAUAUGCAAACAGAAAGCAAGAUUGAAGGGGGGGGGAUAAAUAGACACCAGGCGUGGGUCGAAGGACAAGCCUCUGGGAGACGGCAGAGACCGAAAGAGAGGGUGGAUGAAGCUCGACGAAUCGGGGGAAGCUGGGAUUAGGAGGAAGAAGAGGAGGAGGAGGAGGGGGAAAACACCGAGUAAGCGGAUGGGAGCUGUCGUCGGUCGACCCCAACUGCCAUUCAAGCGACCCCAAAGCUUCCAACCAGUCAAAGGA